UUGAAUUUAGUCGUGUCUCUCGUACGUUUUUCUUAAUGUUCUUAGAAGAAAGACGCAAAACAAGAUGAUUAAGAUUUUCAUUUAAUUCGAUAAAUGAGAUAAUGAAAUAGUAAAUAUAUAUAUAUAUAUAUAUAUAUAAACGCGAUAAUAAUAUAUUAGAAAAUGGGAAAGUUAGGAAAGGAUAUCGCAUUGUUAAAUCGUAAUAAUAAAAAAAAAAUUGGUGAUUACAAGAAACAAGAGAUAAAGCCUAAAAGAAAGAAACGCAAGAAGGAUCUUGAAAAAUUGCAUCGAAAUGCUUUGGAAGCGUCAAAAGAUUCGUUAAUCGGGAUUUACAGAAACGGAGCAAAGGGCAAAGAAGUAAGAAAAGGAAAAUUAACUUCGAAUAAAUUUUAUAAAGCACGAGUACAAGGAGAGAUAGCGAAAUUUUUAGAUCAAGACUCAUCAGAAAGAUCCGAAGAUGUACUCGAACUUUCACCUAAUACCGUACGAGUCAAUUGUAAUAAAAAAGAUAGACUAUUCGAAAGGAUUGUCUCGUCGGACGAAGAAAUACAAUGUCAAAAAAGAAUUUCAAAGGGUCAGUUGAGAGAAAAUUCGAGAAAAUUUUCAUGGUCCGCGAUGUAUCGUUACGAAGAAUUAUGUGCGAUUAUUUGUUCGGAAAAUUUUGACGAUCAGAAUACGACGAUUCUUCCAGAUUUGCCAGAUCCAAUUCUAAAAGUUAAAGAAAAUCUUAAACAUAUGCACGCGGAUGCUAUGAGACAACAUUUUUCACGACCGGAUGUUAAUAUUAACGAUUAUUUCGAUGAUUUAAAAAAUGAAAAUACAUUUAAAUCCCCAAUAAAUGGAAACGAUAAUAAAAAUCUAUUAAAUAUACAAUCAGAAUCUUAUAUAUCUUCCGAUCAUUCGGAAUCAUUAACGGCCGACAUUGUUGAGGAUUCGCAUUUUGAAAUUUCGCCAAAAUUUCAUCGUGAAGUCGAUAAUAAAACGCAACUAAAUAAUAUUCUAUUUUCUGUACCGAAGAAAGUGUCUAAAGACGUUAAGAAGAUGAACGUUGAUCGUUCAUCUAAAUUCCAUUUACCAUCUGAAUUGUUUGAUCGACCUAUUUCUACGAUCACUUCUUCGACGGACGAUGAAAAUAAAAAAGAAAUUAAUUGUCAAAGAUGCGCGAAACGUAAUCUAAAUAAUGUCAAACGUAACGUAAAGUUUGAAGAUGAUGAUGAAUUUCUAAUUAAAAAUAAUCAAAAAUAUCAAAUAUAUCAACAUAGAGAAAGUAAUGAUAGAAAAGAUACACCAGAGUAUGAAGAAGAUGAUAAUUGUCUAUUUAUCAGCAAAUCUACUAAAGCAAAUAUACCGGUAGAUAAUUAUUGUAUAGAGAGACAAAAAUUCAUUGAAGAUUUUGUAAAAGAUCGUAGAAGAAGACAUAGGAUACGGGAAUCUAACAAUAUACACGAGGGAGAUAUAUGUACGAAUCUAAAUGAUCGUACGAUGGUAUGGAAAGCCACUAAAAAUUUGAAACACGUACCAGCAAUUCUUCGAAGAUCCGUUUGUGAUCCGACAAAUAUAACCGACCUUACUCAUCUUUUGAAUGGUAAAUGUAGCGGCGCAUAUUUUAAAGAACCAUCAAAAAGAAAUCUCGACUCUAAUCUCAAUAUUUGUUCGUCGUUAUCAUCGAACGAUAAUUCAAUAAUUAAAACUCAAUUUGCUAAAUCAAAUAAAUGUCUUGAUAAUCGACGUCAUACAAUGCCAUUAAAGGAACAAUCUUCAUCUACGGAUCAGACAGUAGACUUUUGUAUACCCAUUGAAAUGAAUAUUAAAAAAAAUAAGAACAAAGUGAAUCUAAAUAAAGAUCCAAUAAAAUCUCGCAAAACACAUAAAUCCGUGACAUUUUCAAAAGGUAUAUUACUUAAUGGCGAUGCAUCGAUGCAAUCGCAUUAUUCUCAAGAUCACGAUAAAACGCAACCUACGGGUGUUCAUCGAACAACGGACAUCAAUCAUUCUAAACAUUGUCAAAUUUUAAGACAGGAAAUACAGAAUGAUAAUCAAUCUUUAUUACUGAAGUCGACGAAACCUGAUCGAAUAUAUCAACCCGAAGUAACAUUUAUAAAUCCGUCACAAUGCGACAAAUAUAUUACGACACAAAAUUGUCAGGAUAACAAUGAGAGUAAACCCAUUUAUUUUCAAAUUAUAAAUCAAUCGAUGAAAUCCUCUACUGAACAAAAAUUAUUUAAUCAAGAUUUAAUAACAAAAUCUAAUAAUUUGACCGCGUAUGAACAAACGCUAUCUGGUCAAUCUAUGAUACAGCAAUCUGAUGUUCCUAUUACGUCGCAAAAUGUUCAAUUUAUGUUCCGUGAAAAUGAUCCACAUAUAUAUGCAUUUAGUGAGCUACAGAAUCUUAAAUUAUUAACAUUGAACGACUCACAAAACACAUAUGUCAGUUCCUUAAAUUCUGUACACGAACAAAAACGAGCUAAUGAGUGCGCAAUAAUUUCAAACACUGACCAACCAACGAAAUAUUUGGCCAUUGAAAAAGAUCUAAACACACAGAGAAUCCCUAUUUAUUUUCAUAAUAACGAUAAAUCUAUUAGUCAACAAUAUAUGCCUUGCAAAGUAAUUACGGCUGUAGAGAAGCAAAAUAAUGAUAAGCUCUUCUUUCACGAGCCUACCUCGCAGGUUAUACUUUUACAAGGAAAUCAUUUAAAUGAUAGAAAUCGUCAAUUCGUUGAUUAAAAUAAUAAACAUCUUAUCGAAAAUAUCGAGAGAUUAUUUAAAAGAUUAGUAAUGUAUAUAUUGAAAUAUUUGGAAUCUCGAUAAAUAUUAUUAAUUUUGUUCAAAAAAAAAAAAAUCAUUAAAAUGCAAAAAAGAAAAAAAUUUAGUUUAUAUUGUAAGAUGAGGUUAUUAUUCAAUAG